GUACUAUUCAUGUGAUAGUCACUGCAUGAUUCUUACUACUCCAUGACAUUUCUUUCAUAGAUAAAUCGCCUCUCUCUCUCUCUGUCUCACGUGAAAAACACUGUCCCCAGCAAGAAUGUUCUUGUUCAGGUACUACCGUCAUCAGUGUCCAGCUCCCAUGUCUCUGCAUAUCUAGCAAAGCUUAUUAGCUUGAAAUUAAAAGGAGCAGUUGGGCUUUUCUUUUGGCCACCUAACCACCUCUUCUUUCCUACUAUAAGAAUCUUCUUCUCCCUCUUUAUCCAUCGCUUCUGGGAUACUAAAUGUGGUUCUUCUUCUGCAUUUGCUAACACUCGAUGUGAAUUUUGUCACUUCGAGCAAUACCCAUGAUUCGGUUCCUUAAAAUGUUGCAGUUUCCAGUACUUCCUCUUUACUUCUUCUUUACUUGAAACUGGACACGCUUCCUAAACUGAGCUGAGAGGUAAAAAAAUGGGUAUUCAAAUGCACUUGAUUGUCAUGCUGAUGGGAGUACCUGUGCUCUGCAAUUUGCUGUGGGUUCACGGAUCUGCAGAUGAGGCCUCCUUUCCGGCGGCUAGUCCUCUUACAAUUACUGCACAAAAACACAGGAAGCCACUUGGUUCACACUCAAACAGGCCAUUGCACUUUCCAGCAUUUAUGCGUGAACCACCCACCAAAGCUAAGACUUUGAAUCCUACUGCAGCACCUGUUUUGCCGAAGGUCAUGAAGCCUUCAAGUAUUUCAGUUGCACCUUCUGUAUCAUCUUUCCAAGGGCCAGUGAAGAAAUGGAUACACGGUUAUGCACAUGCUCCUUCAGUAUCAUCUCACAAGCAUCAUCACCAUGUCAGAAACCACUUCAGCGACUCUGCUCCGCAGCAAUCUCCAUUUCCACAGCACAUUUACCACCGAGCAGGUCCUUCUAUUUCCCCAGCUCAAUCUCCAUUCCCUACUUCUAGAAGAUCACAUUUGCCAGCGCCUGCACCAUCACCCACCAUGCUGUCAAGCCAGUCUAAUAAGCCUACUCUUCCACCUGAAUUCUCCCCUUUCGGAUCAGCAGAGAAAACAAAGACUCCACCGCCAAGGCCACUUCUGACUUUACCUCCUCCACCUCCUAAUGAAGAUUGUGCAUCAAUAACAUGCACAGAGCCAUUAACAUACCCGCCUCCUGGAAUUCCCUGUGACUGUGUAUGGCCAAUUCAGGUGAAACUUCGGCUAGCGGUCGCACUAUAUACAUUCUUCCCUUUGGUUACAGAGCUUGCCAAGGAAAUUUCUGCGAGUUUGUCCUUAGAUCAUAGCCAAGUGCGCAUAAUGGGAGCAAAUUCAGCCAGUCCACAACUGGAAAAAACUGCAGUUCUAAUUAGUUUGGUGCCACAAGGGGCAAAAUUCGGGAAUGAUUCUGCAUUUGCAAUCUAUAAAAAAUUCUUCCACAAGCAGGUUCAUAUGGAGGCAUCACUGUUUGGUGAUUAUGAAGUUCUAUAUGUUCACUAUCCAGGUCUUCCACCUUCUCCACCUUCUAGCAUCAUUACCACUGACAGUUCACCAUAUAUGGACAAUGAGGACAAAGGCCCGGUGACAAAACCAUUAGGGGUUAAUGUGCCUAAGAGGAAAAGAGAUGGCCCUAGUGGAAGCACAAUUGCUGUACUUGUUCUAUCAUCUUUCACAGUAUUAAUCGUGUGCACAGUCAUCACGUGGGUACUACUGAGGAAGUGUGAAGCUUGUCAUCAUCAAUCUAAAAAGUCGCCACGGCCUCUCUCCCCAGAAAAACCUUCAGCAGGUUUUGCUAAGCCUGUGAUGCAGAGAGGUGUGUCCAACUUAGCAUCAACUUCGUUCUGCUCUAAUGGAAUCUUGUGUGCCGGAUCUGCCAAAACAUUCAGCUCAAACGACAUAGAGAGAUUCACCAACAAUUUCGAUUCUUCGAGAGUACUCGGAGAAGGCGGUUUCGGGAUAGUCUACAGAGGCAUAUUAGACAAUGGAGAGGAGAUGGCAGUGAAGGUUCUGAAGAGGGAUGAUCGUCAUGGAAGCCGUGAUUUCUUGUCAGAGGUGGAAAUGUUGAGCCGUCUCCACCACAGAAACCUAGUCAAGUUAAUUGGCAUAUGCGUGGAAGAACACAUCCGCUGUGUCGUGUAUGAACUCAUAGCGAAUGGAAGUGUCGAUUCCCAUUUACAUGGUUGUGACAAGGAGAAUGAUCCGCUUGACUGGGGUGCUAGAAUGAAGAUCGCACUGGGUGCGGCUCGAGGUUUGGCCUACCUCCAUGAAGACUCGAGCCCUCGUGUUAUACAUCGAGAUUUCAAGUCCAGCAACAUCUUGGUGGAGCCUGACUUCACGCCAAGAGUGUCCGACUUUGGAUUGGCUAGAGCUGCAAUGGACGAGGGGAACAACAGACAAGUUUCUACCCAUGUUAUGGGGACUUUUGGCUACUUGGCACCAGAAUAUGCAAUGACGGGUCAUCUUCUAGUCAAAAGUGAUGUUUAUAGCUACGGGGUUGUCCUCCUCGAACUUCUAACGGGCAGGAAGCCGGUAGAUCUGUCGCAACCGCCUGGCCAAGAGAAUCUAGUUUCCUGGGCCCGGCCGCUCCUCACAGACAAGGAUGGCUUGCAAACAAUCAUCGACCCAUCCGUGAGAUCGAGCAUGUCAUUCAAUAGCGUGGCCAAGGUGGCGGCAAUAGCUUCGAUGUGCGUGCAACCGGAGGCAUCGCACCGUCCAUUCAUGGGUGAAGUGGUUCAAGCCUUGAAGCUAGUUAUAAACGAGUUUGAUGAAACGAAGGAGCUAAGUCCCGGAAGUUGCACAGGCCAAGAAUCCUCUAGUUGUGUCGAUGGCAAAGUUCGUAAAGUUCCACACGAAUUUGUUGAAGCUUUAUUGACAGGCAACAGUACACCAAUCAAAGGUUUUAACCAUCUAGAACAAUUGGAAUGCUUCAGAGCAUCAACUGGGAUCGAGGACGAAGAAACCGGGUACUCCACGAGGCAUUGUCGCUCGGGCCCAUUGAGAAUGGGAAAGAGAAGGCAAUUUUGGCAGAGACUCAGGAGCUUAUCCAGAGGUAGCUUGAGCGAACAUGAAUUUGCCUUGAAGUUCUGGCCAGAUACAUAUUGAUUUAAGACCACGUAAGCUCACAUUCGCACCUGGAGAUUCUUGUUGUGUAAUGAACAUGAACAGGGGAUAUGUCGUUGCUAGAGUAACCUAGAUUACCCGCUUUUUGGAUUUAGAUCUUGAUUUGGCAGAGCAAAAUCAUGACACGGAAUGCUAUCUCCUCCGCCACCAGGCCCUUUGCCCCUACACCCUCUUCGAAACCAUGGACUAACGCAAAUGAACUAGCCAAGCUGUAAUUUGUUGCUAAGAACCACAUCAUCUUGCUCCAAAGGAAGAGCGGCUUUA